AUGGACGAAGAACCGACGUCGUCGCGUCGAGCAGGCGACUCGGCGACAUCCCGUCGCAUGUGUGGGUCGGCAGACUCGACGGCGAGCGACAGCGACACCGCCGAUGAUGCACCUCUUCUAUCAAGUGGCAGUCAACCGGUUCGAAUAGACAUGCCGUCAUCGGAAAAGCCGGCGUCGCCUCAUGACCGAUUUCCUAAGGAACGCGCAAAGGCCCUGCUCUCCUUCCUGCUGUUGGCUUUCGCCGCUGUGCUGAACGAAGUCGUGUUAUCGUUCGUCCAUGAGCGAGUGCCCGAACAGCCUCCACUGCCCGAUAUAACGUUCACGUUUAUACCGUACUACAAGAACGGUUUGAAGAUCUGCGAAUACAUCAUGUUGGCCUCGUUUGCCUCUGUUCUGCUUUUGAUGCUUUUCCAUCGGCAUCGAUGGAUUAUGUUCCGACGAUUGAUGAUGGUCGGUUCGUUAUUGUAUUUGAUGCGUUGCAUUACUAUGAUCGUCACGCAGGUGCCUGUCGCCGAUCCGAACUUCCUUUGUGCACCGAAAUAUGGUGAAAAUGCGACGUUCUGGAACGUGGUGUUACGCGGAUUGAAGAUGGUAUCUGGCGUUGGACUGAACGUUCGUGGCAAGUACACCCUCUGUGGCGACUACAUCUACAGUGGACACACCAUCGUGCUUGUUGUCAGCGCUCUCUUCAUCGGGGAAUAUUCUCCUCGACGAUGGCGUAUUCUGCACAUGUUCUCUUGGCUAGUCGCCUUUGUUGGUGUAGUAUUUCUAGUGAUCUCACGUGGUCAUUACACUCUCGACGUCAUUCUCUCCUACUUUAUCUGUACCCGAAUUUUCUGGAAUUAUCACACAAUGGUGGCGCAUCCUACAAUUCGGCUGUCAACGCAGAAUCAUCACCGUAAAGAGUUCUGGUUCCCGUUGUUCCGUUGGAUGGAAUGCAAUGUGCUGAAGCCGAUUCCACGACGAUUCGACUGUCCACUGCCAUUGAGUCGAUUACGAUCUGUGUUCCGACGACGGAUAGCAAAUGCUCGAAUCGAGUAG